AUGAGCGGGGAAGGACCAAAGCUAUUCGCGAACAAGCCGAAAAAAUCGAAGCUGAAGGCAUCUACGCCGAUCACAAUGGCGCCGGCUUCGUCAGCUACAGCUGCGGAGGCGGCGGUUCCUCCUCCUCCACCGCCGCCGCCGCCAUUUGAUCCCCGGCCGAAGAAAGAGUCGUUUAUUCGGCGCUACAGGUUUCUCUGGCCGAUGCUGUUGUUUGUCAACUUCACAAUCGGAGCUUAUGUUCUCAUAAGGAUGCGGACGAAAGGUAAGGACACAUCAGAGGAAGAAACCCCAGAGGGUCCCACCAUCUCGACUACAACUUCCACAGCCCCAGUCAGCGAAAAGCCAGUCAGGCAACCAAUCACUGAGCUCGUUGCGCGUGCACCCGUUCCAGAGGAUCGGCAGCGCGAGCUGUUCAAAUGGAUGCUGGAAGAGAAGAGGAAAGUGAAACCGAGAGAUGCUGAAGAGAAAAAACGGAUCGAUGAAGAGAAAGCCAUUCUCAAACAGUUUAUUCGAGCCAAGUCGGUUCCAAGCCUGUGA